AUGGUUCAGAAACUUGACCAGAAGCUGCCUGUAGCCAAUGAGUAUCUGCUGCUUUCAGGUGGUGUGCGGGAAGGUGUGGUGGACAUUGAUCUCGAUGAGCUGAAUGUUUACGCACGAGGCACAGACUAUGACAUGGACUUCACCUUGCUUGUGCCCGCGCUGAAGCUGCACGACCGCAACCAACCAGUCACGCUGGACAUGCGCCACUCGGCUUUGUGCCACUCCUGGCUGAGCCUGCGCCUGUUUGAUGAGGGAACUAUCAGCAAAUGGAAGGACUGCUGCACAAUCGUGGACCAUAUCAACGGGGCUACCAAUUACUUCUUCUCUCCAACAAAAGUCGCGGACUGGUUCUAUGACUCCAUUAGCAUUGUCCUCUCUGAGAUCCAGAAGAAGCCCCAACGAGGGAUGCCAAAGGUGGAAAAGGUAGAAAAGAAUGGGACUAUCAUAUCCAUCAUUUUAGGAGUGGGCAGCAGUCGCAUGCUGUAUGACAUUGUCCCUGUGGUGUCCUUCAAAGGUUGGCCAGCUGUGGCACAGAGCUGGCUGAUGGAGAAUCACUUCUGGGAUGGGAAGAUCACAGAGGAGGAAGUCAUAAGUGGGUUUUACUUAGUGCCUGCGUGUUCCUACAAAGGAAAGAAGGACAAUGAAUGGAGGCUGUCAUUUGCCAGGAGUGAAGUGCAGCUGAAAAAGUGCAUCUCCAGCAGCCUCAUGCAAGCCUACCAGGCCUGCAAAGCUAUCAUCAUCAAAUUGCUGUCCCGCCCCAAAGCCAUUAGUCCAUAUCACUUGCGGAGCAUGAUGCUGUGGGCUUGUGACAGGCUACCCGCCAGCUACUUGGCUCAAGAGGAUUAUGCAGCCCAUUUCCUCCUGGGUCUCAUUGAUGAUCUCCAGCACUGCUUGGUCAACAAGAUGUGCCCUAACUAUUUCAUCCCCCAGUGCAAUAUGCUGGAGCACCUCUCUGAAGAAACUGUCAUGCUGCACGCGCGGAAGUUGUCCUCGGUCCGCUCAGACCCUGCCGAACACCUUCGAACUGCCAUAGAACACGUCAAAGCAGCCAACCGGCUAACACUUGAGCUGCAGCGACGGGGCAGCACCACCAGCAUCCCCUCCCCACAGUCAGACGGGGGGGACACCAACCAGCCUGAUGACCGAUUAGCCAAAAAAUUGCAACAGCUAGUGACUGAGAACCCUGGGAAAUCCAUCUCUGUCUUCAUUAAUCCAGAUGACGUCACAAGGCCUCACUUCAGAAUUGAUGAUAAAUUUUUCUGAGCUUUUGUCAAUGUUUCUUGGGAUUUUUUUAUUUUGUUUCAUUUUUAAAGACUCUUGCGGCGUGCAGGAUUUUCCGUUUGAUUUUCCUUGAUGACUUAGUCUCUUGGUUUUUACAUAUCCAGUGUAGAUUGGAUCUGUUGAGAAAAAUCUGAAUAAAUUAUAAAUCCUGGUUCUGCAGGACGGUGCAGAUUUUGAAACAGUAUAUUACUAUUUCAUAUGCUGCUUUGUUUUUUUUUCACUCACCCAGCCCCAUUGUCUGUGAGUAGUUUCUAAAGGAGAACAUCCAUCGUAAACACAUGCCACAAUCUAAUGUAGGGUUUUUUAAAGUUUCCAUAAUUUAUGUACAUUGUUGGGCCUGGAGAAAUGACAACUCACCUUCUGUUGCUUCAGAAAUUCACUUCUUUUUUCCAUGAGCUUCCAUCACCCUAAAGAAAUGAGGAGAGACUGGGUUGGAAAGCACUACUGGUAUUUUGAUGAGGCCAAAUCUACUGGGCUGAAGCCCAGUUCAUCUGUUCUUCACACUUCUCACACUAGGGGAGAAAG